AUGAAUAAACUCAGUCGGCUGGUGUCUCAUGCACCAAAAUGCAGUAGAUCUCUAAGUGGAGUUAGAAGAAAAUAUCCAAUAAAUCGUGAAGAGGAACAAAAACUUCCUGUAUUCGAAUACAAAACCAGUAAAAAUACCUAUAGAAGAGUAUUUUCAUGGGGAAAUAUAUAUACUGGAGCCUUGGGCAAACCGUAUAAAACCAGUGAAAAAUUAGAAAAGCAACAGUGUCUCAAAUAUCCUAAGAGGAUAGGAUUUGGUGAAAGACAAGAGGUUACAACAGCUGCAUGUGGCUUUGGUUUCACAGUUUUUGGUGUAAGAAGUGAAACAAACCAAAAAAUAUGGGGCACGGGAAUUAAUACUGAUUCUCAAAUUGGCUAUCAUGAAGUAAGGAAAGAUCAUCCCUUAGAAGUACUUUUUUACCCGAAACCAAUUGACUUACCCCUUAAACAGCCUGAAAAAACAAAAGUACUGAAAAUAUCAGCAGGUAGGGCUCAUUUAGUAGUACUUACAGAUGAAGGUGUGUUUACUUUAGGAAAUAAUGCUUAUGGACAAUGUGGCAGGAAGAUUAUUGAAAAUGAAGAUUAUAUUAGAAGUAACUAUAUUAAUCACAUUCAAGAUAUAGAUGGAAAAAAUAUAGUGGAUGUCACAUGUGGACAAGACCACAGCCUCCUUUUGACUGAAGAUGGAUGUGUAUAUUCUUGUGGAUGGGGAGCUGACGGUCAAACUGGUUUGGGACAUUUUGAAAACUGUAGUGAAUUUACAAAAGUUAAUGGUGACAUUCAGUCAGAAAAGAUAGUUAAGUUGUCCUCAAAGUCAGAUUUUGUGUUGGCAUUGAAUAAUAAAGGACAAGUUUUUGGCUGGGGAAACACAGAAUACAGUCAGCUAACUUUGGAUAAUGGCAAUCAACAGAUUUCUUCACCUUUGCAUAUAAAAAUGUUGGACAAGGUGGGGCAAAUUAAGAGUAUAGCCAGUGCUGGAUCUUUCUGUCUUGUUUUAAAUGAUACCGGGCAAGUGUUUUCCUGGGGUUAUGGUUUGUUAGGUUGUGGUCCAAAUGUGCAACACUCAAAAGAACCAAUGCACAUUCCAGAAGUCUUGUUUGGCAAAAAUGAGUACAAUACUGACAGUAAAGUAGAGAAAGUGGAGUGUGGGCUAUACCAUGGUGCUGCAAUAACCAAUUCUGGAGAUUUGUACAUUUGGGGCAGGAAUAAAAAUGGAUGUUUGGGACUAGGACAUGAAAAAGAUCAAUACUUUCCAUUAAAGGUUGCAAUUGGGGGCUAUGUGGAACAGAUACAUUGUGGAGUGGACCACUGUAUAGCUAUUUGCAAACCAUUCAUUUGA